AUGCACCAUGAAAUAUUAUCUGCUCUCCAGCUUCUCAUCACCAUCUUCUUAAUCCUGAUCGCAACUAUGGUUGUGUUCAUAAAAUUAAGGUUCAGCUUCGGCGACGUCGUCAAGGCACCACAUCUGCCUCCGGGACCAUGGAAGCUGCCCGUAAUCGGCAACUUGCACCAGCUCAACACUGGACUGCCGCACCGCCGGCUGAGGGAGCUGGCCCAGCAGCACGGCCCGCUCAUGCAUCUACAGCUCGGGGAGACCUCCAACGUCGUGGUGUCCUCGCCGGAACUGGCCCACGAGUUCCUCAAGGCCCACGACCUCAACUUCGCCUCCAGGCCCUUCCUCCCGUCCGCCGACAUCAUCUUCUACAACUCCCGGGACAUCGGCUACGUGGCCUACGGCGACUACUGGAAGCAGAUGCGAAAGAUCUGCGCCCUCCAGCUGCUCAGCGCCAAGCGCGUCAAGUCGCUGCGUCGGGUUAGAGAAGAGGAGAUCGCCCGGCUGGUAGCUUCGAUUACAGAACCGCCGCCAAAACUUGAUCCUCAGAUGCUCAUCAGUUUGUCGAACGCCGUCACGUUGAGGGCGGCAUUCGGCGGGAAGAUGUUGCGGAAGCAGGAUGAGGCAAUCUUACCGGUCCUGCAGCAGAUCUUGAAGGCCGCCGGAGGGUUGGGCCUCGCCGACAUCUUUCCAUCGAGCAAGUUCGUGCGUCUGGUGAGCGGAUUGGAAAGAAAGCUCAAAACGCUGCAUGAGACAGCCGACGGAAUCCUUGAAGGGAUCAUAGCAGAGCACGUGGCCAGAAGGAGGGAGGAGGAUCACCAAGAAGAAGAUCUUGUGGACGUGCUUUUGAACUUUGUGGAGAAUCAAGGGCUUCCCUUCCCUUUCACCAACGCUGAGGUCAAAGCUGUCAUUCUGGACAUAUUUUUGGCUGGGAGCGACUCUUCUUCCGUGACUGUAGAAUGGGCAAUGUCCCAACUGAUGAAUAAUCCUCAUACUAUGGAAAAAACACAAAAGGAGGUGAGGCAAGUAUUUGACAAGACGGGUAAAGUGGAUGAAGAAGGAGUUGACGAACUUGUGUAUCUCAAAUCGGUUGUCAAAGAAACAUUCAGACUGCAUCCUGCUGCUCCUUUACUGCUUCCGAGAGAAGCUCAAGAAGCGGUUGUGAUUCAUGGACACCUAAUCCCGGCAAAAACCAGGGUCAUUAUCAAUGCUUGGGCAAUUGGUCAAGACCCGCAUCACUGGGACGAACCAGAGAAAUUCAAACCUGAAAGGUUUGCAGAUAGCUCGGUCGAAUUCAUGGGGUUGGAUUUCCAAUUCAUCCCAUUCGGAGCUGGACGGAGAAUCUGCCCUGGCAUACAAUACGGUUUGGCUGUUAUCGACCUUUUGCUGGCAAAUUUGCUGUACCAUUUCGACUGGAAGCUCCCGGAUGGAAUCGAGCCUGAAGAUUUGGACAUGUCUGAAACGUUUGGCGCUACCGUGAGAAGAAAGAAUCCUUUGUAUCUCAUUCCCAUACCCUAUCACCGGACUACAGCCUAG